AAUUAACUAACAUAUUCUAGCACUUUUGACUAAGAGUUAGAAUAUCUCUGUUACAUAUGUUGUUUCUAACAAAAAAGCAAAGUUAACUGCAUGAUUUUGGCAAAGGAUGCAAAUGAAAAAAAAAAAAAGAGAGAGAGAGAGAAAUACCAAAAGUAUAUAUGGAGUGUUAAGCACAUGUAACCACUCUACACGUUGUCAUUUAAUGUCCAUGCCUAACUUAAGCAACUUCCAUCCUCCUAUAAUAAGUGUCAUUUUCAGUUACAAUAUAUACUCAUCAUUCACAGAAGAAACUCAUAAGCCUCCAAAAUGAUCAUGAAUAGCAAAGAAACACAUGUUUUACUUUUUCUAUCUUUGUUCCUAACUUGUGGUAGCUAUGCACAAGACAGUACCCUCCUUGUACCAGCAAUCAUAACAUUUGGGGACUCUGCUGUUGAUGUAGGGAAUAAUGAUUAUCUUCCUACUCUUUUCAAGGCUAAUUACCCUCCUUAUGGUAGAGACUUUGUUAAUAAACAACCUACUGGCAGGUUUUGCAAUGGAAAAUUAGCUACUGAUAUUACAGCUGAAACACUUGGUUUUACGAGUUUUGCACCUGCAUAUCUUAGUCCACAAGCUUCAGGGAAGAACCUCCUUAUUGGAGCAAACUUUGCUUCUGCUGCAUCUGGUUAUGAUGAAAAAGCUGCUAUUUUGAAUCAUGCACUUCCAUUGUCACAGCAGUUAGAGUAUUACAAGGAGUAUCAAAGCAAGUUGGCCAAAGUUGCUGGGAGUAAAAAAGCUGCAUCAAUAAUCAAGGAUGCAUUGUAUUUAUUGAGUGCUGGCAGCAGUGACUUUGUACAAAAUUAUUAUGUCAAUCCUUGGAUCAACAAAGUACUCACUGUUGAUCAGUAUUCAUCUUACCUACUAGAUUCUUUCUCAAGCUUUGUUAAGGACUUGUAUGGAUUGGGAGCUAGGAAAAUUGGAGUGACUUCACUUCCACCAUUGGGUUGCCUACCUGCUGCAAGGACUUUAUUUGGUUUCAAUGAAAAUGGUUGUGUCUCAAGAAUCAACACUGAUGCUCAAGGAUUUAACAAGAAAGUCAACUCAGCUGCAUCAAAUCUUCAAAAGCAACUUCCUGGUCUUAAGAUUGUGAUUUUUGAUAUUUACAAACCUCUCUAUGACCUUGUUCAAAACCCUUCAAAUUCUGGUUUUGCUGAGGCAGGAAGAGGUUGUUGUGGAACAGGAACUGUUGAAACAACAUCCUUGUUGUGCAAUCCAAAAUCAAUAGGAACUUGUUCUAAUGCAACUCAGUAUGUGUUUUGGGACAGUGUUCAUCCUUCACAAGCUGCAAACCAAGUUCUGGCUGAUUCUUUACUUCUACAAGGCAUAGCUCUUAUUGCAUAAGGAAUUGGACUCGUGAUUAUUUAUCUAUUGCUAAAUGUUGUUAUGUACAAGUACAACUACACAUUACACAAGUUUAUUAUUUUAAAGGAUGGUGCUAAAAGAAUAUUAUUCUAUAUUUUAUGUAUUUAUCUAUAUAUAUAUUGUGAGAUAAAAUUAUCUAUUUACAAAAGAAUAUAUAUACUAUGAGAAAUUUCAGAUCAACUUGUUUGUAAAAUAUUUAUAAUACAAAAGUUACUGUUGAUUAUUUAUAAA